CAAUGCCAGAUAUUCAUCUUGAGACUCACACUAUAAGAUCCCAUGGAACAACAGUAGCAAGAUUUCACUUGCAUGACUGGAUCAUACUAUUACUACUUGGAGUUAUUGAUGUCGUAUUGAAUAUUAUAGAACCAUUCCAUCGUUUUGUGGGAAAGGAUAUGAUGGAGGAUUUGAGAUAUCCGAUGAAGAGCAACACAGUACCAUUUUGGGCUGUCCCGUUGAUUGGAGUUGUUUUGCCGGCUUUUAUUUUCCUUGCUAUAUACUUCAAAAGGAAGAGUGUCUAUGAUCUGCACAAUGCAAUAUUGGGCCUACUGUUUUCUGUGCUUAUAACUGGCGUCCUAACUGAUGCAAUCAAGGAUGCCGUUGGACGACCACGGCCAGAUUUUUUUUGGCGUUGUUUUCCUGAUGGUCAUGAUCGAUAUGAUGACUUCACCACUAGUGUUAUAUGUCAUGGGGACAAUAGUGUUAUAAAGGAGGGGCACAAGAGUUUUCCUAGUGGGCAUUCUUCAUGGUCUUUUGCUGGCUUGGGCUUUCUUGCAUGGUACCUUGCUGGUAAAAUUCAAGUUUUCAAUCGGAGGGGCCAUGUUGCCAAAAUUUGCAUUGUGUUGGUUCCUCUUCUCUGUGCAUCGCUUAUUGCAAUUUCUCGAGUAGAUGACUAUUGGCAUCAUUGGCAAGACGUUUUUGCAGGGGGAAUUUUAGGAUUGGUGGUUGCUUCAGUUUGCUAUUUACAAUUCUUCCCUCCACCUUAUCAUGCAAAUGGUUGGGCGCCUCAUGCAUAUUUCCGGGUGCUCGCCGAGAUGACGAACGGCAGUGCACCUUCUGCUGCUACUAAUGGCCUUGGCAUAAGGCCUGUGGAGAUUGAGACCCUCAAUAUUGCUUCAGAAAGGCAGAAUAAUAUCGCUUCGCGGGACUCGAGCCCAAUGUUUCAUGAUGUGGAAUCAGCUGUUGGUAACCACAGGCAAUGAAUUUCUGGGCUGAAUUUGUAAUAUAGAAUAUUUGCAUAUG